AUUAGAUGUCGAGAUAGUUGCGAUUGUUAGAAAUCCCCAGUAUCAGUGGUGAUAAGAUAUCAAGACUUAAGUACCGCUGUGGGUGCUCUCUCAUCUCUCAUUCCCACGCAGCUUCAUCAGACAACAACUACGAGACUGUGUCAUACACAUUCACAAGGUUACAUAACUGGCGAAGAAUCUGACUAGAUGAAGCCAGCAGAGAGGAGUGACACGGCUGCCCCCGCAGUCUCCAUCAGCAAGGAUGGCUGUCACGUUAGCCGAGGCGGUGCAGUAGUGUUGGGAUUCCUCUUCGUCACCGCCACGGUGGCCACAGGCCUCCUGGCAUACCACUUCUCUCCGGGGACGACGACGGUGCCUGAGCCCGCGGCCUCAGACUCUGAAGUGCCAUUGAGAAGCAGCUAUCCCCGGCAGGCGUCUGUGGUUGCACAAGGCAGCGAGGAAGUUGAUAUUAGACUACCCACGGCCCUCAAGCCUCUCCACUAUGUCGUCAAACUUCAACCUUUCAUCAAUGGCAACUUCAGCAUUGUUGGAUAUGUGGAGAUUGAGAUAGAAGUCCUUGAGCCGACCUCCAACAUCACCCUCCAUAUUCUUGACAUAAUAACCAAGAAUGAGACCAUCAAGGUAGUGCCAUCCGACGACGUGAAUGGCACUGGUAUAGAAGUGCAGCAGAACCUCUACGACAAUGACCGCCAGUUCUACACCGGGGUGCUGGCGGAGGAGCUGGAGGUGGGCAGGAACUACAUCCUCUCCAUGCAGUUCCUCGGCUACCUCAAUGAUGAGCUCAGAGGCUUCUACAGGUCUACCUACACCGACCUAGAUGGCAACGCAAGGUUGCUGGCCUCGACUCAAUUCGAGGCGACGGACGCCAGGAGAGCCUUCCCGUGUUUCGACGAACCCGCCAUGAAAGCUACCUUUGAGAUCUUCCUCGCCCGAGAGGCUUCCAUGUCCUCAAUAUCAAACAUGCCGAAAUAUGAAACCUUCCCUGUCGAGGGCCAGGAGGGGUGGGAGUGGGACCACUUCAACACCAGCGUGCCAAUGUCCACCUACCUCGUCGCCUUCGUCGUCUCUGACUUCGUGCACGCCGACUCUAAUGUCAAUGAUCACGUUCUCUUCAGAGUUUGGGCUCGUGAAGCUGCCCUACAGCAGGCAGCCUACGCCCUCCAGACUGGCCCAGAAGUCCUCACCUUCUACGAGGAAUAUUUCAGCAUCCUAUUCCCUCUCCCCAAGCAAGACAUGAUCGCUAUUCCUGACUUCUCAGCCGGAGCCAUGGAGAACUGGGGACUCAUAACCUACAGAGAGGAGGACUUCCUAUACGACCCAGCAGUAUCGCCGGCGUCCAGCAGGCAGAGGGUAGCCAUAGUGGUGGCACACGAGCUGGCGCAUCAGUGGUUCGGUAACCUCGUCACUCCCGUGUGGUGGACCGACAUUUGGCUCAACGAAGGUUUCGCCACCUUCAUGGAGUACACUGGCACUGAUCAUAUUGAACCCUCCUGGAAGAUGUGGGAGCAGUUUGUGAGUGAUGUUGUCCAAACUGUGUUGGAGCUAGACAGUCUGGAGUCCUCCCACCCCAUCAGCAUCCCUGUUGGAAGACCCGAAGAGAUUAAUCAAAUUUUUGAUGACAUUUCCUAUUCCAAAGGUUCAGCUGUCAUUCGCAUGAUGAACUACUUCCUGACUGAGACGACCUUCAGGAAGGGCAUCACCAACUACCUCAAUGGCCAGGCGUAUUCCAACGCUGAACAAGAUGACUUGUGGCGGUACCUGACGGAGGCUGCUCAUGAAGACGGCACACUGCCCCCAGACACAACAGUCAAGAUGAUCAUGGACACGUGGACGCUGCAGAUGGGUUACCCCGUCAUCAAUGUACAGAGGAGUGCAGACGGCACCGUAGCAACCAUCACACAGGAACGAUUUUUGCUGGUGAAGAGCGCAAACUCGUCGGACACUCACGACUACAAGUGGUGGGUUCCCCUAACAUUCACUACUCAGGAUGACCCAAAUUUUAACAACUCACAAGCCAUGGUGUGGUGGAUGAAGGAUUCUGAGCCAGAGAUAACAAUCUCUUCACUGCCCGGGAAGGACCAGUGGGUUAUCUUCAACUUACAGGAGACAGGUUAUUACAGAGUGAACUAUGACGAGGACAACUGGAACUUGCUCAUCCAGCAGCUCAACACCGACCACCAGGUCAUCCAUGUGAUAAACCGCGCUCAGAUCAUCGACGACGCCAUGGACCUCGCCCAUGCUGGUCAGCUGUCAUACAACAUCACCAUAAUAGUUACUGUCAUGUUCCUGCCAGGUCAGCUGUCAUACAACACCACCAUAAUAGUUACUGUCAUGUUCCUGCCAGGUCAGCUGUCAUACAACAUCACCAUAAUAGUUACUGUCAUGUUCCUGCCAGGUCAGCUGUCAUACAACAUCACCAUAAUAGUUACUGUCAUGUUCCUGCCAGGUCAGCUGUCAUACAACACCGCCCUGAGCGUGAAUGGGUACUUGAAGGCUGAGACGGAGUAUAUUGCCUGGAACACAGCCAUGAACAACUUGGCCUACCUGGAGGUGAUGUUCACUCGCACAGGAGGGUAUGGAGCUCUCAAGAGGUACUUGCUGUCCCUGUUGACUCCGCUGUACGACGCUGUGGGCUUCGACGACAACAGGAGUGACCCUCAACUGGAUCAGUACAAGCGGGUGCUGGCCUUGUCGGGCGCCUGUAGCCUCGAGUACCAAGACUGUGUCGACAACUCCGUCUCCCUCUUCCAGGAGUGGAUGCUCAACCCAAGUAACAACAGCAUAGUGUCGGCCAACCUGAAGGGCACAGUGUACUGCACCGCUAUUGCUGCUGGUGGAGAGGAGGAGUGGAACUUUGCCUGGGGCCAGUACCUGGCCUCCAACCUGGGCUCUGACAAGGCCACGCUCCUCUCUGCCCUGGGAUGUACCAAGCAGAUCUGGAUCCUCUCCAGGUACCUGGACAUGGCCUUCACUGAUGGAAGCGGCAUCAGGAGGCAGGACGCCGCGGCUGCCUUCAGCUCCGUCUCCAGGAACGACAUUGGGCGCGACCUGGCCUGGAACUACCUAAGGGACCAGUGGCAAAAGAUAUCUAAUUACUUAGUUUCCUUCACCGCCUUGGGUGACCUGAUCCUAACAGCCACCAACGAGUUCAACACCAAUGAGGAGAUGCACGAGUUGGAGUUGUUCAAGGAGGAACACGCUGAUGACCUAGAUACCGCGGCUCGAGCAAUUGAUCAAGCAAUUGAAAGAACAGCCAACAACAUCGCCUGGAUGAGCAAUAACUAUGACGUGAUCGUCCAGUGGUUGGAUGACCAGGGCUUCUCCUCCCAGCUGGCCCGUCGACCACCACCUCCCGCUCUAAAUUUCUUUGAACUCCUCCUCCGACGGGCAGGCACCGAGGAUGCAGCGGGCAUUCCCCCUCUGGACUGCCACACCGAAAAGCUGGACAAUAUGAAGCCAUUGAGAAGCAGCUAUCCCCGGCAGGCGUCUGUGGUCGCACAAGGCAGCGAGGAAGUUGAUAUUAGACUACCCACGGCCCUCAAGCCUCUCCACUAUGUCGUCAAACUUCAACCUUUCAUCAAUGGCAACUUCAGCAUUGUUGGAUAUGUGGAGAUUGAGAUGGAAGUCCUUGAGCCGACCUCAAACAUCACCCUCCAUAUUCUUGACAUAAUAACCAAGAAUGAGACCAUCAAGGUGGUGCCAUCCGACGACGUGAAUGGCACUGGUAUAGAAGUGCAGCAGAACCUCUACGACAAUGACCGCCAGUUCUACACCGGGGUGCUGGCGGAGGAGCUGGAGGUGGGCAGGAACUACAUCCUCUCCAUGCAGUUCCUCGGCUACCUCAAUGAUGAGCUCGUAGGGUUUUACAGGUCCACCUACACGGACGAAGACGGGAACACAAGGUUGCUAGCGUCGACUCAGUUCGAGUCGACGGACGCCAGGAGAGCCUUCCCGUGUUUCGACGAACCCGCCAUGAAAGCUACCUUUGAGAUCUUCCUCGCCAGAGAGGCUUCCAUGUCCUCAAUAUCAAACAUGCCGAAAUAUGAAACCUUCCCUGUCGAGGGCCAGGAGGGGUGGGAGUGGGACCACUUCAACACCAGCGUGCCAAUGUCCACCUACCUCGUCGCCUUCGUCGUCUCUGACUUCGCACAUGUCGACUCAAAUUUUAACGAUCACGUUCUCUUCAGAGUUUGGGCUCGCGAAGCUGCCAUAGAGCAGGCAGACUACGCCAUCAACACCGGACCAGAAGUCCUCACUUUCUACGAGGAAUAUUUCAGCAUCCCAUUCCCUCUCCCCAAGCAAGACAUGUGCGCCAUUCCUGCCUUCACAGGAGGCGCCAUGGAGAACUGGGGACUUAUCAUCUACAGUGAGUCGUCGUUGCUGUUCGACCCAGCAGUGUCCUCGGCUCACGACCAGCAGCAGGUGGUGGUCGUGAUCUCACACGAGCUGGCCCACCAGUGGUUCGGCAACCUGGUCACCCCUGACUGGUGGACUGACCUCUGGCUCAAUGAAGGGUUCGCCUCGUUCAUGGAAAAUGUUGGCACCAAUCACAUUGAGCCGUCCUGGAGGAUGUGGGAUCAGUUUGUGUCAAAUGAUCUUCAAGACGUGCUUGAGCUGGACAGUCUUGAGUCCUCCCACCCCAUCAGCAUCCCCGUUGGAAGUCCUUCUGAGAUUGAUCAAAUUUUUGACGACAUCUCUUACUCUAAAGGUUCAUCUGUUAUUCGCAUGAUGUACAACUUCCUGACGGAGUCGACCUUCAGGAAGGGCAUCACCAACUACCUCAAUGGCCAGAAGUAUUCCAACGCUGAACAAGAUGACUUGUGGCGGUACCUGACAGAGGCUGCUCAUGAAGACGGCACACUGCCCCCAGACACAACAGUCAAGAUGAUCAUGGACACGUGGACGCUGCAGAUGGGCUACCCUGUCAUCGAGGUGGUGAGGAGUGCAGACGGCACCUCGGCAACCCUCACUCAGGAAAGGUUUUUGCUGGUGAAGAGCGCGAACUCUUCGGACACACACGACUACAAGUGGUGGGUCCCACUAACAUACACUAGUCAGGAUGACCCAAAUUUUAACAACACACAAGCCAUGGAGUGGAUGAAAGAUUCUGAGCCAGAGAUAACAAUCUCUUCACUGCCCGGCAAGGACCAGUGGGUUAUCUUCAACUUACAGGAGACAGGUUAUUACAGAGUGAACUAUGACGAGGACAACUGGAACUUGCUCAUCCAGCAGCUCAACACCGACCACCAGGUCAUCCAUGUGAUAAACCGCGCUCAGAUCAUCGACGACGCCAUGGACCUCGCUCACGCUGGUCAGCUGUCAUACAACACCGCCCUGAGCGUGAAUGGAUACUUGAAGGCGGAGACGGAGUACAUUGCCUGGAACACAGCCAUAAACAACUUGGCCUACCUGGAGAUGAUGUUCACUCGCACAGGAGGGUAUGGAGCUCUCAAGAGGUACUUGCUGUCCCUGUUGACUCCGCUGUACGACGCAGUAGGCUUCGACGACAACAGGAGUGACCCUCAACUGGAUCAGUACAAGCGGGUGCUGGCCUUGUCGGGCGCCUGUAGCCUCGAGUACCAAGACUGUGUCGACAACUCCGUCUCCCUCUUCCAGGAGUGGAUGCUCAACCCAACUAAUAACAGCAUAGUAUCGGCCAACCUGAAGGGCACAGUGUACUGCACCGCUAUUGCUGCUGGUGGAGAGGAGGAGUGGAACUUUGCCUGGGGCCAGUACCUGGCCUCCAACCUGGGCUCUGACAAGGCCACGCUCCUCUCUGCCCUGGGAUGUACCAAGCAGAUCUGGAUCCUCUCCAGGUACCUGGACAUGGCCUUCAGCGCUGACAGCGGCAUACUGAAGCGAGACGCUCCCUCUGUCUUCCGCUCCAUUGCCAGCAACGACGUUGGACGCGACUUGGCCUGGAGCUACCUCAGGGACCAGUUCGAACACAUUCUUGAUUACAUCGGUGUGGUGUCCAAGGUUGGUGACCUGGUUGUUGCAGCCACCAACGAGUUCAACACUAACGAGGAGAAGCACGAGCUGGAGUUGUUCAGAGAGGAACACGGAGAGGAGCUGGGAGGCGCUGUUCAAGCAGUUGAUCAAGCGAUUGAAAAUACAGCCAACAACAUCGCCUGGAUGGACUACAACUAUGACGUCAUCGUCCAGUGGUUGGAAGACCAGGGCUUCUCCUCCCAGUUCGGUCGUUAGCCCACCGAACGACCGUACUAUCUUGUGAUAAGAGUUCCAGUUAACUUGGCAUGCUAGUACCUGGAACUAUGUCUACGGGUGAUAAGGCUUUACAGAUAAUUGUUUAUAUCUGCACUUACACGUGAAUUUAUACGCGCGCUCCUGCAGGCGCGCUCAUGUGUGUAUAGGAAAUUAAUUUUCAUUUGUAUUUUCAUGGUAUUGAUGCAACUUUUUUUUAAUAAACACAAUAUCCUGGCCAUGUCUGAAAAUAGUAUGCGUUAAUCACCUAAUUAAUAACAAUAUUGAUUGUAAUUAAAAUAGGAAAAUUACUUUUUCUAGUAAUUAUAAAAUACUGCAUAAUAAACAAUAUAUUGA